AUGUCAGAAGGGAAUCAUUACCAAUUUAAUGUCGUCAUGACAUGUUCAGGCUGCUCUGGCGCCAUUGAUAAGGCAUUGACUCGUUUAAAGCCUGAAGUUUCUAAAAUCGAUAUCUCAUUGGAGAAACAAACGGUAGAUGUCAUCUCUACCUUGCCCUAUGAAACUAUCCUGGAAAAGAUUCAGAAGACAGGGAAGCAAGUCAAUUCUGGGAAGCAGUUGUGA